CUUCCCCUCAGGCCCGGCCCGGCCCCGCUGCCGCCGCCCCUCGCCCCGCCGGGCCGCGGAGCUGCGAUGCCCUCGGACUUCAUCUCUCUGCUCAGCGCCGACCUCGACCUCGAGUCCCCCAAGUCGCUGUACUCCAAGGAAUCUGUCUAUGACCUUCUCCCAAAGGAGCUGCAGUUACCACCUUCCAGAGAAACAUCUGUAGCAUCCAUGAGCCAAACAAGCGGUGGCGAGGCAGGUUCGCCUCCUCCAGCUGUAGUCGCUGCUGCUUCGCCAUUCAGAGACAGGCAUCGUGUGGUGGGUUGUGUGACAGUGUCUGUCAAUAGUGAAGACAAAUAGUGCCAGAGACACUUAACCCAUCCAAUCUCACCCAGGGUAUAGGAUUUGCCUCUGAAGCAGGGAGUGUCUGCAUUAAAAAUGACCUGUAGUUCUCUGCUUCAUAGAUGCUUCUUCAGCUCCUUCCUCUUCCUCCAUGGGCGGUGCUUGCAGCUCCUUUACCACCUCUUCCAGUCCUACCAUUUACUCUACCUCAGUCACCGACAGCAAGGCUAUGCAAGUGGAGAGCUGCUCCUCAGCCGUGGGGGUAAGUAACCGAGGGGUAAGUGAAAAGCAGUUAACCAGUAACACAGUCCAGCAGCAGCAGUCAACGCCGAAGAGACACACAGUCCUGUACAUCUCGCCACCACCUGAGGACUUGCUGGACAACAGUCGGAUGUCCUGCCAGGAUGAGGGGUGUGGAUUGGAAUCAGAACAGAGCUGCAGUAUGUGGAUGGAGGAUUCACCCUCCAACUUCAGUAACAUGAGUACCAGUUCCUACAAUGAUAACACUGAGGUGCCACGUAAAUCACGCAAACGAAACCCAAAGCAGAGGCCAGGGAUCAAACGCCGAGAUUGUGAAGAGUCCAACAUGGAUAUAUUUGAUGCCGACAGUGCCAAAGCGCCUCACUAUGUCCUUUCUCAGCUCAGCACGGACAGCAAAGGCAACUCAAAAGCAGGAAAUGGAGCACCAGAGAGCCAGAAAGGAGCUGGAGGGAAGAAGACCCCAAUGUUGUGUGGUCAGUAUCCAACUAAAAGUGAGGGGAAGGAGCUGAAGAUAGUGGUACAGCCGGAAACCCAGCACAGGGCUCGUUACCUGACUGAAGGCAGCCGAGGCUCGGUGAAAGACCGGACACAGCAAGGUUUUCCAACUGUAAAGCUGGAAGGUCACAACGAGCCGGUGGUGCUGCAAGUAUUCGUAGGCAAUGACUCUGGUCGAGUGAAACCACACGGGUUCUACCAGGCCUGCAGAGUUACUGGGCGAAACACUACUCCCUGUAAAGAAGUGGAUAUCGAGGGGACUACUGUUAUUGAGGUUGGACUGGACCCUAGCAACAAUAUGACACUCGCGGUUGAUUGUGUGGGAAUACUGAAGCUGAGAAAUGCUGAUGUUGAAGCUAGGAUAGGGAUUGCUGGUUCCAAGAAAAAAAGCACACGUGCCAGGCUGGUAUUUCGUGUUAACAUCACUCGCAAAGAUGGUUCAACUUUGACUCUCCAGACGCCUUCUUCCCCAAUUCUGUGCACUCAACCAGCAGGAGUUCCAGAGAUCCUAAAGAAAAGUCUGCACAGUUGUUCGGUGAAGGGUGAAGAGGAAGUUUUUCUGAUUGGCAAGAACUUUCUAAAAGGAACAAAAGUGAUUUUCCAAGAGAACGUUUCUGAUGAAAAUUCUUGGAAGGCAGAAGCUGAAAUAGACAUGGAAUUAUUUCAUCAGAAUCACCUUAUUGUGAAGGUGCCACCAUAUCAUGACCAGCAAAUAACCUCAGCUGUUUCUGUGGGAAUCUAUGUGGUGACCAACGCUGGCCGAUCACACGAUGUGCAGCCAUUUACAUACACUCCAGAUACAUCAGCUGGUACCCUGAAUGUUAAAGUGAAGAAGGAAAUCUCCAGCCCAGCCCAACAUUGUUCUUUUGAAGAGGCUAUAAAAGCAGUGAAUGCCACCAGUUGUAACCCAGAGAACGUAAAUAUUCUUCCUAGUGCCUUGAUAACUCCACUUAUACCAAGCAGUAUGAUUAAGAAUGAAGAUGUGGCUCCAAUGGAAGUAAGCGCAGAAAAACGAUCUCCCCCUGUCUUCAAGGCUUCGAAGGUGGUCGGACCAACUCAGCAAACAUUGGAAAGCAGCAUGUCUGGCAUACCAACUUCUGCUUCCCAUUUACCUUCUGAAAGUGAAAAGCAGCAACAAAUACAGCCGAAGGUGUAUAAUCCAGAGACUCUAACUACAAUCCAAACGCAGGACAUUUCCCAGCCUGGUAGCUUUUCAGCAGUCUCUACUCCAGGUCAGCUGCAGAACAGUGACACAUUAUUGCAGCAAGCUGCACAGUUCCAAACGAGAGAUUCCCAAACCAGAGAAGUUUUGCAAUCAGAUGGCACGGUUGUCACUCUGUCACAAUUAACUGAUGGAUCACAGACACAACAGUCUACACUAUCAGAACCAGCACAGGCAUUACAGCAACAAAUUUCAUCAAGUAUUUUCUCAUCAGCAAGUGGUGUGAGUCAGUUACAGAACACAAUACAGCAACUGCAAGCUGGAAAUUUUCCAACUAACACUGCCACAGGCAGCAAUAGAAAUGUUGACUUGGUGCAGCAGGUACUGGAAGCUCAACAGCAGUUAUCUUCUGUUCUAUUUUCUGGGUCAGAGAGCAAUGAGGAUGUUCAAGAUCAGCUAAAUGCAGAUAUCUUUCAGCAAGUCAGUCAGAUACAAAAUCCUGGGAUAUUUUCCUCAUCAGAGACGGCUGUCCAUUCCAGACCAGAGAACCUUUUGCCUGGAAGAGGUGAAAAUGUUCAUUCACAGCCUGAAAAUGCAUUGUCCAAUCAGCAGCAGCAGCAACAGCAGCAGCAGCAGGCGAUGGAGACUUCCGCAGCAAUGGUGAUAGGAAUCCAACAAAACAUUUGCCAGGCUGCCACGCAGAUGCAGUCUGAUUUGUUCUCUUCAACAACUUCAGGGAACGGAGCCCUCCAACAGUCACCUGUUUACCAGCAGGCUUCACAUAUAAUGAGUGGGUUGUCAACAAGCGAAGACAUGCAAAUGCAGUGUGAAUUAUUCUCUUCAUCUCCCGGUGUUUCUGGAAGUGAGACUACUCCGACUGCUCAGCAGCAGGUCUCUAACAAUGGGCCCAAUAUGUUUCAGGCAUCAAGUUCUGCAGAUGGAGAGGAAGCUUCAGGACAGAGUAAACAGAUACAAAAUUCUGUAUUUCAGACCAUGGUUCAAAUGCAGCACAGUGGAGAAAGUCAGCCUCAAGUUAAUCUCUUUUCAUCUACAAAAAACAUGAUGUCUGUUCAGGCAAGUGGAGCUCAACAACAAGGGGGUGGUCUGUUCCAGCAGGGUGGAGAAAUCAUGUCUAUUCAGCCAGCAAACUUUAUGCAGCAGUCUGCACACUCACAAGCUCAGCUUUUCCAUUCUCAGAAUCCUAUUGGUGAUACUCAGAAUAUGCCACAGGAAACACAAGGCUCCAUUUUUCACAGUCCAAAUUCCAUUGUCCACAACCAGACCAGUACUAAUUCCUCCGACCAAUUGCAGCCUCCAAUGUUCCACUCACAGAGCACCAUGGGCGUAUUACAGAGCUCUUCAGUUCCUCAAGACCAGCAGUCUGCCAACAUGUUCCUUUCCCAGAGUUCAAUAAGCAACCCAGCAUCUCAAGAGGAACAGAUGUCGUUCUUUACAAGCCCGAAUUCCAUUUCUCCUCUUCAGGCAGCAACAAACACUGAGCAACCAACUUCCUUCCAGCAGCAGACACAGAUAUCUCACAUCCAGAGUUCUAUGCUUCCCCAAGAACAGCCGCAGACUCAGCCUGCUCAGCAAGGUUUGUUUCAGCCUCAAGUGUCAAUGGGCUCCAUCCAGUCCAGUUCAAUCCCCCAGAACCAACAAGGAGCUAUCUUCCAGCCCCAGCAUUCGAUAGUUGCAAUUCAGAGUAGUCCUCCAUCUCAAGAGCAGCCGCAGCAGCAGCAGCAGAACAUGAUGUUCAGCAAUCAAAGUGCAAUGAGUACCAUUGCUUCUCAAAAACAAAACAUGAUUUUCAACCCGAACCAAAACCCGGUUACUAAUCAGGAGCAACAAGGCCAGUCCAUUUUUCAUCCACAGACGAACAUGGCACCGAUGAACCAGGAGCAGCAGCCCAUGCAAUUCCAGAGUCAAACCACAGUGUCUUCUCUACAGAACCCUGGGUCCAACCAGGCCGAAGCACAGCAGCCAGCCAUCUUCCAUAACUCACCCCAAAUUCAGUUGGUCCAAGGGUCACCAAGUUCUCAAGAGCAGCAGGUCACCCUCUUCAUCUCUUCAGCUUCCAUGUCUGCCUUGCAGAACAGUAUGAGCCAGCAAGAGCUACAGCAGUCUCCUAUGUUCUCUUCCCAAAACAGCAUGGCAGGAAUGCAAGGAACUGCUUCUCCUCCACAGCAGCAAGCUUCUUUAUUUCACAACGCAGCAGGAGGUGCUAUCAACCAGCUGCAGAAUUCUCCUGCUUCAUCUCAGCAAACUUCAGGAAUAUUCCUGUUUGGCAUUCAGAACAACUGUGGCCAGUUGCUACCUUCUGGACCAGCGGCACUGCCAGAUGAGUUGAUGGCUAUAAGCCAGCCAGGUCAGCCACAGGGUGAGGGACAAGCAGCAGUGCCAACGCUUCUCUCCCAGCAGCUACCUGAGACUUCUCCUCUACCUUCAGCUAUGGCACCCAAUCAGAAUAUUGAGAAAAUAGAUGAUCUGCUUGUGUCACUGCAAAACCAGGGGAACAACAUGGCUGGCUCGUUUUAGUUAGAAAUUCAGUGAAGAAAGAGGUGAUGACUUCGUAGAUUCUUUCAGACCUUGUGACUCUGGAUUAGGCAGCGUGGAACUGAUUGCUCCUGUCAAAAAGUGGCCCUCUUCUCUAAAGAGCACAUAUGUGGCCAAUUGCAGUGUCUAGCACCUAAGGCUGUGAUUGUAGUAUUUGAGAUUCAAGAUUCAUAGUGCCAAUAAUGCUGAAAAGCUAUGCUUUGUUUUACUCGGGCAUGGGAUCGUACUGUUACCUGACUCUUAAUGCCCUCUAAGAGUGGGAUGCUCUUUGAAUUUGAAGCAUAUCUGGUCAGUUAUUAUUGUUGUUAGAAGGUAAUACAUGUUACCAUGUUUACUUUUUCCUCCUCUUCCUUCUUCACAUCCCCUCUUUUGGUUAGAAAAGCUAGUGAAGCAGAACCAUCAAAUACCCGUGACAUGAGCCAUGACUCAUAGCUAUCAGUAAGUGAAGGGAUUGCAUGUUUUACAGAUAAGUGGGAGAGCUAAUACUGUGAUUUAUUAAUUGCAGUAGGUGGCAAUGAAAAUAUUGAUACUUCUCAUAAACAAGCAGAGAACUGCUUGCUACUGUAGAUAGCCAGACAGAGGUGGGUGCUUCCCAUCUGAGAAUGUGAUAACGGUUUUCUGUGUCUCUUACGUGUACCUGUACAUAGAGUAAGGGUUUGGUGGCUCUAACAAAAUGAAGAAAUGAAGGGGAACUUUUAAUUAAAUUAUACUCUAAAAAUCUUGUCCUCUUAAAUACCUUCCACUUGAAAGGAACAUUCUGCCUGGCUAAGGAAGCAGCUCCUUUUGUGUCUCUCGCUCUGACCGUAUGGGUCAGAUCUUGUUAAAGCUGCAUUAUCCAUUUUCAAACCAGUCUUCUCCCUUUUGUUAUUUUCAUGUUUUUCCCUCUCUCUUCCUCAGUUUCACAUUGUGUUUUUAAAAAUGUUAUAGAUAUCUACUGGCUUUAAAGAUCAGAAGCAGCUUUUAGGAAUCCACGGCACCUAACGCUUGUGAUAUUAAAUUGCUUAGUCAGUAGAAGCUCUGAGAAAUAAGGAUUAAGGAAAGAGGAAACAAUUUUUCCACUUCCCUCUAAAUGCAAGAAACCCCCUUAACCAGCCAUUUUCCAGCUCUUGUUGUUGUAAAUCUCCAGUUUGACUUUACUCCAAGGAGGGGGCAAAUUACAGAAUUUUUAUGCGUUCUUGAAAAUUUCACGUCAUCCUGAGCUGUUGCGUUUUUGUACCAGAUUGAGCUCAUUGCAAACUCAGUGUUUUUUUCUUUUUCCUACUGACAGUCCCCCAAGUAUAGCUUCUAGAUCGUCAUGUUUCAAUGAAAAAAAUCGACUUGUUACAGAAUGUAAAGACAACCCACUCCAAACCAUGCAGUUGUGUUGUGAGGCAUGUGAAUUUCCCGGGUGCUCUGACUGUCCAGAAGGUUUUGUGAUAUCUCACUACAGCCUCGUCCCGAUACUUGUUCCUUCUCCUUCUGCACGUAGAAAGCUGUUAGCGCAGCUAGAGCCGAACAGCUGUCAUGUAUGGCUAUUAUGCCUCGGUAUAGUGUAGCUGGUAUCACGUCAUUUUUCAUUUUUGUUAUUUUAAAUAACAAAGAGUAGUCUGUAAAUGGUUUUUAAGUAACUCUAGUCUGUUUACUGUGUUUUUUCCCUAACUCGUGUGCUUAGUUGAGCCGUGUAGAGUUUUUGUUUGUUUUAAUGUUGUUUCCUGUGUGUCAGUCUGUCAUAACUUUCUUUUCUCUUUCUGUCUCUCUCUUUCUCUCUCUCAUUGAGAGGCAUUGAAUUACGUUUUCAGUAGUAAGGCUUCUUGCCGAUAUGAAGGGAACUUUUCAGAAAGAGACCUGCUCUGGGUCAUUUAAUUUUGAAUACAGUUUUCAAUCGUUCAAGUUUUGGAUGGUUUAUAUCUAAUGUGUGUUUCAUUUUUUUGGAAAGCUAUAUUUUGUAUUUAGGAAAUGGUAUACUAUUUUGCUAUUUGUACUGAGUGAGUACAUUGGCAUAAAUAUAAAAAUUUAUAUAUAUACAUAUAUAUAAAAUAUUCUUUUUGCCACACAUUUUUGUGGUAAAUUUGUGAGUUUGUCUGAUGUUCUACCACAACGUGGCGUCUGAUAACAGUGGGGGUGGGGUGGGGUUUGUUAUGUCUUUAUUGAGUAUUUAAGUACUUUUUGCAACAUAAAUAACUUGUUCAUCUCUCGCCAUUCCAUCAGGCAAUUUAUUGUUCCAACUGGCUAUGAGAAGCUUCACUGUGUGUUUUGGUGUGUCUGUCACUCAGCAAUACAGUCUAGUAAGGAAACCUGUAGGCAUUUAGGCAUGUGUAAAAUAAUGGGAUUUCAUUCAGAAUGAGCCAUUCAGCUUUUAUCCACUAUCAUUGUCUAUUUAAUAUUUUAUUAUUAGUGCCUCUAUGUUUUAACUUUUAAUUUAUGAUUACGCUCAAAUGUUUAAAAUUUUAAUCAUGAGAAAAAGAAUUCCCUGCUUCUUACUGUCCAGAGCUGCUUUAUAACCCCAAACCAUACUUUUUCUUCCUGUGAUUUUUAUUUUUUUUUCCUACUAAGAGAAAACGUUAACAAAAUCCUGUUAUGGUUCAUGAUAUGAAAACGGCAAUCUUGCAGAAUUGACUAAAUGCUGUAUGAGGAUGUGUAGAAGACUAAUUAUGGACCGAAACAACUUGCAGGUGGUUGGGGAAGUCAGUAGCCAGUUUCUCAAAAGCGAACUGGUGGCUGUCGCAGGAUUGCAGUCCCAGGACAAACUGUCGGGUGUCAUCUGGGGCCUUCAUACACAGAAGUAAUAGGAAUGAUAAAUCCACUCGUAUGCUGCUUUAGUUUGUUCUAUUGUUUUGAAGGGGUGUAUCCUCAUGUUGAAGUGCUGUUGGUCAGUGCCAAGUCACCAGGGACCAAUUCUUCGUUUCAUAAGAUGGGUGUCCAAAAGAGAACUUUAUACCAAGACUGCUACAGCUCCAGGGGAAGGGUAUGUUGGAAUUGCGUGCGUAUUUUAGGCUGCUUAUUAAAAAAAAAAAAAAAAGAAAAAGAAAAAAAAAAAAGGGCUGUGCUAUCAUAUUUUUCACUUCUGGAUAACAUUUCUUGUGUUUAAAUUUAUCUUGUUCCAUUUUAGGUCAAUGUUUAAAUGUACAACACUUUGAACAUGUGAUUUGGUUACAAAAAGUAUUUGUCUUAUGAAUGAAAAGAUUGCUCAGUGGUUGAUUAGUGCUUGAACUGCUGCUUGCAGACAGCUGUUAGGAGGGAUAAAGAGAGAGGUUUGAUAAGCCAGUAAAGAACUUAAGGACGGCUUGCAGGAUUUCAUGGCAGAAAGGCAUGAGAACAGUGUGAGCCACAUCUGUAUUUUAUCAGUCCUAAACAUGUACUUUCAUGAUUAACGAGUUGAUAUUGAUAAUUGGAGCUUAUUCUGCAUUUCUAAUCCCUUUGUUUACUCUCCUGCAUGUUCACACUGGUGUGCCUGUUAGGCUGCGAGCAGGUGGAGUGCUUGCCUGCAGAGCUGAGAGAGAGUGGUGCUCAGGUCUAACCCAUUCUUGUUAAGAAAGCGAGGAGAUGCUGAGACUUUUGGUCUCUAAAUUUUAAGCUCCUGACAUAAAGGAGAACCUGCUAUCAUAUCCACAAGCAGCAGUUAAGUGUAAAAGAUACUGCUAGAUGGAAAGUGAAAAGCUGGAACUGCAUUGCUCGGAUGGGUUUUCUGUGUGUUGUCUUCUCUGCUGCUUGAGCUCCCUCGUAAGAGUCGUUCUCUGCCCCUCCACGUUAAACGUGGGCUCUGCAGCUGCGUGUGCCCCUAAAGCACCAACGACCUGCUCGCUGCUCGGUGUCUGUGGUACGUGACGGUUUGUGGGACGGUGAUUUCUUGGCACAGAUUAAAAUCAGUGGAGACCUCUCUGCUAACCACCAGUUGUGACUUCUCGUCUGCUUGUGAGUUGUUAAGAAUAAUUAAAAAUAUUCAUAUGAAGUAGUGAAGGAUUCAGGGAAGUAGUCACGGCACCUGUCUGAAUUUCAGAAGUGUUUGGACUGUGCACUUAGUCUAAAAUUUUGGGUAGAUCUGUGUGGUGCCAGGAGUUGGACUCGCUGAUCCUUAUGGGUCCCUUCCAACUCGGGAUAUUCUAUGAUUCCAUGAAUAACGUAAUACACAAAAUUCUUAGCUAAACGUCUCCUCUGGCAGGAAGUUACUGGUGCUUUGUUGCUUAAUUAGCAAGUCCACAUUUUGAUAUUAAUUGCCUCUUCACUGCUUAUUCUUUCAGCACUUACUCAAGCCAAAUGCUUUGCUUUUUAACAUAAAAAUAGUUGAAGAACCAAUUUCAGCCUUACAGUUUCAAAGUAAAUGUUUAAUCAUCAACCAUUCUAAUUAUUGGCAGGGUGAUUAUUUUCAAUUUAAUUUUACGAUAGAAUAAAACAUCAACAGUUGAACAUUUGUAAAUUUGGCUUUUUUUAGAACUGGAAAUACUGAGGACCUGGGCAGCUGUGUUCACGAGCAUUCCCCUCAUUUAGGUAAGGGGAUCAAAAUGGAAAAUCUUGUGAGUUCUGAUUUAGGAUCUAGUUUCUGAAAAGAAGACUUGCCUGAACAGAUUUUCCACUCCUAUUAUCUCUGCAGAGUCUUCAGAAAGAAUACCUAACAAGUGAGAAGCUCGCAUUCAUCUUAAAACAUAGCUUAAAUCCGAAAGGUUUCUGUUGGGCUGGAGCUGCACGGAGCUGCUGCCAAGCGCCUGUGCGUGCAGGCAUGCACAUGCACCUUCACCAAGAGCUGCUAGGGGCUUUUGCUGACAGUUGGGUAACUUUUUCAGAGUUACAGGAGAGGAGUGUGAAGGAUUGUGGACAUUUCUGAGUGAUAGGAGCGAGGAGAAGGAAUUGCUUUGCAUGCUCUGAACUGGAGGUCGGAAGUGAGAGGAGAACUUGCAGGCUGGUGACUGAUGGAUGCCAGGCAGGAACGCAGCAGUCCCCUGGGGGUACACCCAGCUGCAUCCAUCCCUCUGGGCACUCGCAGGCUGAGUGUCGAGGGCAGAGGAUCCCUGUUUGAAAUGUGAUCACCCUGAGCACGGGGCUGUGAGGAGAGGCUUACACAGGAGAGGCUUUUCCUUUCGCCUCUAGGUGUGUAAAUACGCAAUGCCUGUAUAUGCUAGGAUUGUACAUAUGUAUAUAGAGGAGUCCUAUCUAUUACAAAUAGUGGUAGACAUGCAUAGAAUAUUAUUAAUAUUUACAUUUUUAUAAACCUGAAAUAAUAUUAAUUUUCCUUCGUAUGAGUUCAUCUACCGAGGUUUUUGUAGUAGCUCAUUAAUAGUUGUCUAAACGCCUUUGAGUACUGGAUGUGUUGCUUCAGAAACUUGCCCUGCUCUUGAACUUCACUAAUGUCCGUGGGGUUAAAGUGACUGUUUAAAACAGCUGUACACUUUUGUAUUUUUAUAUAUUUUUAUUAAUAGUUGCAAACACGAUGUAACCAAGCAGUAGAACUGACAGCUUUGGUUAGGGCUCUGCCCACUGGAUGGGCUCAGCAGCUUUCUGCGUCCAUCUGCUCCUCUGCCAGCUUUCCCCAAGUGACUUGGCAAAUGUCGGUGCUGAGGGCAGUUCCCUUUCUGAGUGUCCUAGCAGCCCGUACAGACACGGAGUAGUGGUGUUUGUGCUGCUCGGUAGGAGCUGGGCUGACACGAGCAGUUCUUUCCCGGUGCGGGUCAUUCAUCGUUCUUGCUCAGCUGGGUUGCAUUUGAAUCAGGAUGAGGAAACGUAAUCUGUAGGUCAUUCCUCUCCUGCUUGUCCUGAUUCCUGCAUGCAAGGGGAAGCAUCUUCCAUUCUGGUUUUGCUUUGUACUGAAGUAGCUGAUGGCUAAAGCACUCCCUCCUUGAAACCGUGUGACAGCCCCCUCCCUGCUUGCUAGCCGUGAGGAACCCGGCCCCGACUUGUUCCGAGUUCCUACAGAUUGUGUGAGCAAUGGAACUCGAAGGAAAUCCAGAAUGUGAAACCAAGAGCAUGCAUUAGUCCACCGUGAUUCUUCGUGCCAACCCAGGUGUAUUGCACAGCAAUUUGGCGUUGGGUUAUCGAUAGGCGCCGUAGCCUCGUUACAGGCGUUUUCAGAGCAUCUCUGCCAAACCGAAAGCAAAUGGGUGUAUUCUUUUUUAGCCUGAUCUCCCCCACUUCUGGAGAUGAUCUUCUCUACUUCUUGCUAUUGCAGUGUAUGAAAUUGCUUCUAACGUGCAGGCGUGCUGGGAUGAGGGUGAGGAAUGUGAGGAUUUCCCUGCUUGCCAUGGGAUUCUCACCGAAAUUCUCUUUGCAAGUGCUCAGUUCAGACUCCUAAAUUCCCACACCCAGCCACAGCCCACUGUAAAAUACUCUAAUUAUGUGCAUUUUUUAGCAAAGGGUCCUAUAUUCAGAUAACAUGCAUUUUUUUAACUUCUUUUUAGUCCCUGGAGCUGCCCCUUGGUAAGGUGGGUGGAGGCCAGGCCUGAGCAUCCCCUGCCCGGACAGGUCCCGUGCAGGAGCGCGGCGGCUCCGCGGGCUGGGAGAGCACAGCUGUCCCUGUUGGAAGGAGAGUGGCGCUUCUAGGGAUGGCAGAACUGGGAACCAGUUCCUAAAAGACCCCAGUGUUCCCGAAGCUUUUUAAUUCAGACACUAUUUGAGAUGAGGCCAUUUCAAAUUUUAACAUACACGCUUGUUGCUAAUGAGUAAGCUCCAAAAAAGGUGAGAGCUUUCUACCUCUGUUAAUGCCUGCGUCUUUCUUAGUGGCUUUCCUGCCUUUCUGCCAUGUUUUUCUGGAGUGCACUGAUCAACUGCUGAGCUGCCUUUUCCAUUGUCCUGCAAUGUGAAAGUAGCACCAGAUAUUCCUUCGUGCAUUUCUGUGUAUAUGGCUUUCGUAGAUGGGAUUUCAAAGCACUGAUACCCAGUGUUUUCAGUUUGUUCUCUGAGGGGAUAUUUCAUUUGCAUCUAUGUUUUUAGCUAUCCUGUGAUAACUUGUUAAAUAUUAAAAAAAAUAUUUUGCUUCUAUUGGGACAUUUGUAUACUCGCAACUAUAUUUCUGUAAACAGCUGCAGUCAAGAAUAAAACAAUGAAAGUUUUCAUUUUGCAGUGUAAA